AUGGAUUUACACAACCCUCUGACAACCAAGAGGUAUGAAAAAGAUGAAUCUAAUGAAGAAGAAGCUGACGAUGAUAUGCAAUCUCUUAUUACAACGAUUGAAAUCUUGAUACAAGCAGGUCCAAGAUAUGAAAAUAUUGCAAAGAAGUUGGGCCUUGGCAGUUUAUUUCUUCUUGGAGAUACUGUUUCAAUUAGUGUAUGGGAGAGAUGGUUACCAAAAAAAGGCCCGUUAUUUGAGCAGGCGAUGAGUUAUUUGAAGGACAAAGGUAUCAUCGACUUGGGAGAAAAAUAUGAGGAGGUUGCUAAUAAAAUCCUCAACCAUUUUGAAGAUAUUCUGCCAAAAUCUGCACGUGUUUGGGUCAGCCAAGAAAUUGCAGGCCAGAAGUCAUCAAAACGGAAAUUAAAUUAUCAGCUAAACCGAAACAAUAAGAGGAACAGGAACCACAAUACAAGGAAUUCCUUGGACGAUAGUGGAGAUCGUACAGAAACCGAGCCAGCUGCCCCAGAUCACACUGCAGAGUUUCCAGAUCAGUUUGGAGUUGAUGAUCCGGCCACUUCCAACUACAAUUCCAUCUCCAUAGAUGCACUGUUGAAUACAACUGAGGCUACCACUGCAGAUGGUCAGUCAGAGAUAUGGAACAAUAGAGGGGAAUCUAAUGGUUUUGCGUCACAAACGCACGACUUACAUGGAAAACAAAGAUACGUUGAUUUAUCUUUCUCUCAGUCGAAAAAUGGAGUUACACAUGGCCAAGGAGGAGCGAUUGGGAACUCGCCUUUGGGGGAUCCAGAUAUUAGUGCGGUACCUCAGACGGAAGGUGCUCGCCAGCCCAUUCAUGCUAUAGAGGAACAUACCAUUGACGGUCGCAUUCAAACUACGAAUGAACAAAGGAAAAUCGAGUUUGUGUAUAGUGAUCCAAAGGAGGAGAAAAUAAAUAGCAAUCUUCAGGAACCAUUUCGCAGUCCUGUGAUGGCUAGGUUUCAAUCAGGUCUAGGGAAUCAUCAACAAUGUAUUGUGGUAAUGUUCCCACGAGGAUGGAACCAAGAUGUUACAUUCUCUAUCACUGUUGAUCGCGGGGCUGGAUACGAAAUAAUUCGAAUGCUUGAUUUGCAAUGUCUACCACAAGUUCAAUCUCCUCAAGGUCAAGUUGAGCAAUAUUCGAAUAUGCCAAAGGCAAGCCUACAUCUUUUAGGAGACCUUCAGCAAGCUACGAUUCGUACGGGCUCUUACAAAUCGGCGCCUGGACCUCGUUGUGCUUGCGUUUCUGCAUUUACGUCUGAUGGUACAAACGAUGACUUCACAUUUUCUAUUAUGGUUGAUCGGGAUUCAGGAUGGGAAUUAAUAAGUGUAUUUGGAUUGAAGAAGAUUGAAACAGGCUUUUAA